AUGACACGCCUUAGCGCCGACCUCAGACGUGGUUUGAGUCUAAUUCGCCAAAGUGCCAAUGAAACAAAUCAUACGGAUUCGGUGACCGAACAUACAUUCCCGGUGUGUCGAGUGGAUCGACAAAAUAUUCUAGUCGUUUCGGUGAAAUACGUGAAAUCAGAACGAAUGCCUGUUCCUGUCGGAUUAUGCCUUACACUCGGUGCUCUACCGACUGAUCAGUGGUUAGUACCGAGUCCAGUAGGAUCGCCAACUGAAGACUGCCCAUUGACAGCGACAACACCAGAAACGAUCGCAAUAUCUAGUCUGAAGCAUAAACCACGGCCGUCGUUAUCGCCGCCCAGCACAGAUGGUCCGUCGCCAAAAUUUUCUGCCAUCGCUGGUGUCGAUGAUGAGCGUCCUGCUCGUCGAGUACUGUCGGCUUCUGUGUUGUCACCUCAAGAGGAAAGCCGAUACGACUCCCACGAAAUCGACAUCCUAGCCAGUCGCCUGCAAACGAUUCAAGGUGAACGAGGGCGACAACGGACAAAAAGUGGUGGCUCAUUAUUCAAUAAGAUCACUGGACUGCCAUUACAUUCGAGUCCAGCGCCUUUAUCCCGUCAAAGAAACAGUCUGUCAGCCUCCGAUAUUGUACUGCCGGAAUCACGCCUUCCACGUCAUCAACCUGGUAGUCUUCUGGGAAAUUUCGAAGAAAGCGCUCUUAAUGGCCGACUUGAUCCCGUGAAGAAACUUGACGGUUUCAAAUUACAAUUAGCUUUGACUUUGCCUCGGCUAGUAAUGUUGACUUUAUUCGAUAUGAAUAUUCAGGGCACAUGCUCGUUAGAAUCACUUGGAAGGCGAGGCUAUCGUAUUCCAAAACAGGGAACAAUUCAAGCUACACUCUUCAAUCCUCAGGAUACAGUGGUGAAAGUGUUUGUAGUUACAUACGAUAUGUCUGAUAUGCCGCCAUCGUCACAGACGUUUAUACGUCAAAGAACAUUUCUUGGAACGGAUGAGAAUUUGAAGGCGGAAAAACAUCUUGUCAACUUAAUACACUUCCGGUUAGCAACGGAUCGUCGAUGUCGCCUCUAUCUCCACACUGACGUGCGGAUGCUGUUUUCUCAGAACAAUACGCUGGACGCAUUGAACCUGGAACUGAAUGGUCGUGUCGGACAGAAUUCGGGUCGAUAUCGUCUGAUUGUCGAAACGGAACUGCCACGACAUCCACGCUAUUCACCAAAGAAAUGA